AUUCCAGGUACCAAGAUCUUAUAGCAUACUCCGCAGCUUUCACAUUUUGACUUCCAGUCUUUGAUCUCUGGUUUUUAGUUCACCACUGAAAUUUAGCUUUUGGGUGCUUAGGAUCUGAUCUAAACUGAAGUGCUUGGGUCAUUUCUAGUUCUACAAUCCACUCUUGGACUAGAUUUAACUCAAAGUUUGUAGCUUUCUGAGGAUUUCUUUGCAUUGAGAUUGCAUUUUGGUAGCUGGGUUUACAAGCUUUUGCUAAAUUUAUGAUCUUUUGAUUGAAUUGAAGACUAGAAAGAGGAAAGGAAUUUUCUUUUUUUUUUUUUUUACUACACAACUCAUAGUUUUGAUUUCUCGGAGCUUUAAAUUAUCUGAAAGCCAAUGAUGGGAGGAAACUGCAGUAAAAACAAAGGUGUUGAUGCACCACCACCCCCGCCGCCGCCGCCGCCACAACAGCCCGUCGAAAACAAUACCAAAUCCGAGUACACAUCCCAUUUGAGCUCUUAUGAGGCAGCCUGUAAGCUCGAUUCGGGUUUACAAUCGUUUGAUGUAUCUCUCCAACAGCGCACUAGCCGAGUCUUCAACUCACUUUCCACUGGAGUUGAAGUUAGGUCCUUAUCUUUGGAUUCACUCAAAGAGGUCACUGAUUGUUUGCUUGAGAUGAACCAGGAAGUGGUCAGUGUCAUUCUCGAAUGCAAGAAGGAUGUAUGGAACAAUCAAGAGAUGUUCUCUCUAGUGGAGGAGUACUUUGAGAACAGUCUCCAGACAUUGGACUUCUGUACUGCCCUCGAGAGAUGUCUCAAGCGUGCAGUGAACAAUCAGCUGAUAAUUCAGGCUGCGGUGAGGCGGUUUGAGGAAGAAGUAGAAGCUGGUUUCGAAGGGAAGGGGUGUGUAAGGACAUUGCAGGAGUUGAGGGCAUUUAAGGCAGCCGGAGACCCUUUCACGGAGGAGUUCUUUGUACUGUUUCGGGCAGUUUAUAACCAACAGGCAUCGAUGCUCCAGAAAUUGCAAGUCCGAAAGAGAAAGCUUGAUAAGAAGUUGAAAUCAGUGAAAGCUUGGCGGAAAGUGUCAAAUGUUAUUUUUGUUGCCACUUUUGUGUCUGUAUUGAUAUUUUCGGUGGUGGCAGCUGCCAUUGCUGCACCGCCACUUGUAACCGCCUUGGCAGGUGCACUGGCUGUUCCGAUAGGUUCUGUUGGAAAAUGGUGUAAUAUGCUUUGGAGCCGCUACGAGAGGGCUCUGAAAGGGCAGAGGGAGAUAAUAAGCUCAAUGCAGGUUGGAAGUAUGAUUACAAUGACAGACUUGAACAACAUCAGGGUGCUUGUUGAGAAAUUUGAAAUCGAGAUUGAGGCACUGCUUCAGAAUGCUGACUUUGCUAUUAGAGAAGAGGAUGCUGUGAAGAUCGUGAUGAUUGAGAUCAACAAAAAGCUGGAAAAGUUUAUGGAAACCAUCGAAAGUUUAAGCCAAAACGCUGAUAAGUGUGGCCGGAAUAUAAGGAAGGCAAGGACAGUGAUUUUGCAGAGAAUAAUUAGGCAUCCCAUCAAAUGAACAGCCAUUUGUAUGAGAUGGAUUUAAGAACUGUUCUGUUUCGUGCUUCUCUAUUUAGGUAGAGAUGGAGAUUGUUUCUCUUCAGUCUGAUACAUUGCGGCUAUAUGUUCCCAAUGAAGAUGAGGAAUAUGAACUGGCUCAGUAUUAGGGAAGACGUACUGCUUCUGUUGAGAGGCUGAGUUAUAUGUAUUUGCAGGUGUUUUGGAGUAAGCGGAUGUUGGUGGUUCUAUAAAAGCCCGCAAAGGGAUGAAUGGCUGGAAAUUUAGUGGGAAUCCGGUUGUAGCUGUGUUUUAUCCAGAGGACAAGUUUGCUCAGGGUGACUAUGUUGCUAGUUGCUAGCCCCUCUGAGUUAACUUAAGAUUAUCAUGAUUGUAUGAAUUAUUUUUCUUUUCCCAGUUAUUUGCUUGUACUGAGAUCUUUGUAGCCUAGUUUAUAAGUACGAUGAACAUGCAGUUCUGCACAUUUUCAAAUGAAUUUGGUGAUGAACAUUAGCCUCGCUUUC